AUGAGUGUGGUUCUCACCCAGACCUCGGGUGUGGACUAUACCCCUAAGUAUCUUUUCGUUUCGGGUGACUGUCAGCGUGGCACAGGCAAAUCCAGGCACGUAAUGAAAGAGUUCCUUCGCAAACGCGAUUCCAUCCGUCGUCAGAAGCAACUGGCCUCCCGAUCCCAAAGGCGGGUCCUUCCGUGGUUGCGGCGAGAAGAUAUGGAACAAGGCGCAUUGCAAAUAGAUGGGUCUGUGGCAGAGACGGCCCUGUCUUCGGACUCCCUGAGCGACACCAGUUCAAGACCGUCAUCGCCCCAACAGUCUCAACGGACGGCGGGAAGCACAGUGGGCGACUCGCAUUCCUCUCCCACCUUCAGUUCCUCCGGGUCCAACAUUGAGUUCGGCGGGAUUUCAGACACCGCACCGAAGACUUCCCACCCUCCCAAGGAUCUUGUCACAAAUGUACACACAGGAGUUAUUAGUAGAUUGUACGGGACGAAGGAGUCCAGCCAGUGCAUAUCACCUGCAUCUGCAAUGGCACAUCAUAUAAUGACUCGGCCGGUGUCGUCACGGAUACUUCUUGCCAUUUCCAGCCUCAACCACGACAUCGAAACAGGACAUCGAGAACCGACCUCGGACACUCUUGCGUUGGUCGUCGAGGGCAUCAGCCUGCUUCAACAACACAUUCAGAGGUCGGAUGCCGUAUCUGAAGACGCCAUUCUGACGGUGCUCAAUCUGUGGGCGUAUGAGGUGACCUUGUCCAUGGGUUUCCCCACCGAGAACCAGAGGCUCCCGAAGUCCGUGACUCACAAUAUCCAGACUCACCUGAACGGCCUCCAAAGAUCAAUCAAGUGUUGUGGCGGGGUACAGAACCUAUCAUCGGAAACAUUGUGGCUGUUGGCUUGGUGUGUGAGUACGAUGCCGGGAUACUGGCCGAUUGAUAAUCGAACGAUGAAGCAAGCACGCAACAAUACUCGACCAACACAACCUGAAGCCGAUGGCUAUUAUUUCUUGACGCGGCUGUUCGAUACACUCUCGAACAUCCAACGGCAAAUGUCGUCGCACGACUCUUUAUCCAGCAUCCUACACGAGGAAUCAUUUUCGUCGCUGAGGAAGACAUUGCUUCGACUGAACGUGGAGCGACAAACGCUCGCUGGCAAGACGGCCCCAAUGGGCAGAUUGCGCAAAUCUGUAGCACUGGCAGCAAUUUUGCUCUUCAUCUUUGACGUCCUCCUCGGAGGGACGGAUCGUGCUCACCAAGAAGCCCGGGGUCGGAGAAAAGACCUGCUCAGAGCCCAGAGACGGCUGAUCGACCACCGACUCGACGAAGAAGGUUCGCUCGAAAAGGUGUGGUCAAUCCUUAUGACCCAGCAAGAAGAACCACAGCUGCAGCUCCAUGCGAGGGCAUGGGCGAUCGUGGAGAUGGUGAACGUUAUAAAACAUCUGCAUGUGCCCACGAUAGAUGCACUGUCACAACUGUUGUUGGGAUACUUGCUGCCUGAAACUCGAGUCCAUACCACAGGAGACUAUCGAUACGAGAGGCUGCUUGUUCAGAUACAUUUUGAGCUGGACGGCUUGGCAGAUCUGAGCUGA